AUGAAUGUCAGCGAUACGAAAUCAAAGAAAUGUCGAUGGCUUCGUUUCAAGAUCCCUUGUUGCAAACUCGGCCGGCUGAACUGUUCUUUCACGGUACGUCUAAACCCAGUUGUUUCUCUACUUUCCGCCCUCAUUAUCUGGGGUUUUGUCGUAUGGUGUGUGUUAGAGGCGAAAGCAGUCAACGAGGAGAUGGUCGAAUGGCGAAGGUGGAUAACUUUGAAAUGCACCUGGCUCUACAUCGGAACUCAAGACGCGUGGGCUUUGUUCAUUAUUGUGCUGUAUUUCUCCAAGUAUUCUAAGAUGAAGCUAGGCAAAUCGCAAGAGAAACCAGAAUUCAACGAUGCGACUUAUUUUACAAUGUUGUUCGCUGCUGGUAUCGGAAUUGGUCUCUUUUACUAUGGAGUAGCGGAACCCAUUUGGCAUUAUGCUCCUGGACAUUAUGGAAAUCGUUAUUAUGCCAGGUAUUCCGACAACCAGCAGGCCCAGGAUGCCAUGAAUCUCACGUUCUUUCACUGGGGGAUUCACGGAUGGAUUGUAUACGUGGUGGUCGGACUUCUCCUCGCCUUCCUUAGCUACCGAAAGGGUCUUCCAAUGACAAUGCGAUCCUGUUUCUAUCCUCUGCUAGGGAACAGAAUAUUCGGUUGGAUGGGUGACUUCAUCGACAUCCUAUCGGUGGUGUGUACCAUGUUUGGGGUCUGCACCAGUCUUGGUCUCGGCGCAAUACAACUCAACGCUGGUUUCAGACGACUCAACCAAGACAUCGCCUUCAGCACUACCAAUCAGAUCAUCGCCGUCUGGGGUGUAACGGCCUGUGCAACUCUAUCUGUCAUCAGUGGCUUGAAACUUGGCAUCAGACGGCUAAGCGAACUAUGUUUUGGUAUCAGUAUACUACUGAUGUUGAUAAUUUUGUUCUACGAUGAUACGUGGUAUCUGCUCAACCUGUAUGUUCAAAGCAUUGGAUACUAUCUUCAGUUUAUUGUACAGAUUGGAUUCCAUACAGAUGCUUUCGCACAACUCGGCAAUUCCCCAGAUAAACUCGAAGCUACUGAGUGGAUGAACGACUGGACUAUCUUUUAUUGGGGUUGGUGGAUUGCUUGGUCCCCUUUUGUUGGAAUGUUCAUCGCGAAGAUUUCACGAGGCCGGACAAUCAGGGAAUUUCUCAAUGCCAGCCUCACUGCGCCUAUCUUCUACUCUUUUCUGUGGCUCACAAUUUUUGGCGGAGCAGGAAUAAGAAUGGAACGAAACGCAGCCUUGGCAAAUAUCACCUGUUCAUCGCCAUUUGGAGGAAAAACUGCCACACAAUCAUUUCAAGGCUUUUACCGACUGUCCUGUCGCGCAAAGAAUGACAUGUGGUUCGACCUAAUGGACCAGUAUGGUGACCUUGGAGACUUUCUGUCCAUCGUGUCCUUAAUUGGUAUAAUCCUUUACUUUGUCACCAGCUCGGACAGUGGCUCACUGGUCAUAGAUUGCCUCUCUGCCAACGGUGAUCCAGACCCUCCCAUCCCCCAACGUGUCUUUUGGGCCUUGACAGAAGGUGCUACCGCAACAGCUCUGCUGUACGCUGGAGGAACAGGUGCUCUGAACGCCUUGCAAGCAGUUUCCAUUGUGGCUGGCCUCCCCUAUACUAUCUUGUUGUGCUUCAUGUGUGUGGCAUUGUGGCGAGCUGUUCAAAUGGAAGAUGGCGACUUGGACCCAAAUGGUCCACAGUUCAGCGUAUGUGUGUUCCAUCCGAUCUCACGACCUUCCUGUGAAGGAUUUUUCAAACUUCUCCUCGCCAUUGUUGCUCCCUGGUACGUGAUAGCCAUUGCAACAAGCAGGAAGGAGGGUAGUUGCCCCAUAGCUAUGGCCUGUCGCAUGGUCCUCAUGGGUGUGCCAUUUUAUUCCUGGAUAGCCAUGAUGGUGGCAGAGCUGAUUCCGGUGGAAGGAAUCUCUUAUGUCGGAUGGGCGGCUCUUGUUUUGUUCUUUGGUGUAGCCACGGCCAUCCGAACGGGAAUGAGGUUAGAGGAUGGAAUACAUGGUAACAUGGUAGAGGAUUUCUUUGUCGUUAUGUUUCUGUACCCAUUUGCAGCUUUCCAAAUGGAUCGACACACAUUGAAAUACCAAAUGAAGAGUAAUGUUGGAGUCGUAAAAACGGGGGAGGCCAGCCACAAUCUCUGGUCUGUAGUCGUCAAAGAUGAUCUAUCAGAAACAACCGGCUUGUAAAAGCCAUGAAAGUUUUGGAGACAGAUAAAAGAACUAAAGCGCUUGGACUACGUAAAUUUUUUUGAACAUCGUUGGCAUGUUCAAAGCAGUGUAAAUAAGUGUAUAGUCUGUGUAUUGAACACGGGACGGCGACGUUCUUUCAAACAGAGGAACAGAAAUAAACAAAUAUACUUUGUUUUCAUAUUUACUUAAUCGAAGUUUUCACCGCGGUAUUGUAAGGGUGUGAUUAUUUGUAAGGCUGGUACUUAUGACGACCCAGAAAGCGGAUGGUCGGUGUGAAAGAGUAAUGACAUCGCAGAUAAUAAUAUUAUGGACAAAUGUAAUGUGUGGCGAUGGAUUUGAUUUUAA